AUGGCCAUUCUCAGCAAGCUUCACAGAAUUGUGGGUGAAAAGCCUGCUGCGAACUCUCAUGAAGCUUCGAUAAGUGACCCAAAUGUCGUCCAGAUGAAAGCAAAUGACAAGGAGGCUGCACAUGACAUGAAUGAAAUUGCUGGAGUAUCUAAAAAUGAUGAAGAUAGACCAACUGAAGAUGCACAAGUUGGCGUGAGACAAAUUGAGGCAGUCACAUUGGCCUGGGGAAAGGGUAUUUGGUUUCUCACACUCAUCAAUAACAUGAAAAGCUCCAUGGUCUAUAGCUUGACUGCCUAUGCCACGAGUUCAUUCAUGGGCCAUUCCCUUUUGACAGUCAUCACUAUUGUCGCCAAUGCCAUGACAGCUGCGGUUUAUAUCCCCAUGGCCAAAGCGUUAGAUCUCUGGGGACGCGCAGAGGGUCUUCUUCUUAUGACUUUGUUUUGUAUUAUCGGACUUAUUCUUCUCGCUACUUCGCAAAACCUUGAGACUUACUGUGCUGGAGAGGUAUUUUACUCUGUCGGCUUUGGUGGGCUUGCAUAUAGCUGGGAUGUUCUUGCAGCAGAUGUGACGAAUCUGAGAAAUCGUGGUUUGGCAUUUGCUUUCACUUCAUCUCCAGCUUUGAUCUCUGCAUUUGCAGGUUCCAAGGCCGCAGCGGAGUUUCUCCUCCAUGUCGACUGGCGCUGGGGUUAUGGGAUCUGGGCAAUCAUCUUGCCAUUUUUUGCUCUACCAAUCUAUUUGAUUCUGGCACACAGUUUGCGCAAAGCCGAGAGAAAAGGAAUUAUCGUCAAGGAGAAGAAGUCAUGGAGUUUUAAUCUACAGACCAUCCAGUGGAUUUUUAUCGAGUUUGAUGUCCUAGGCGUUAUAUUGUUUGCUGGCGGGUUCGUCGUUUUUCUUUUGCCCUUCACGCUGGCUAGCAGUGCCCCCGAUGGAUGGAAAACCGGAUAUAUCAUUGCAAUGAUAGUAGUGGGAUUUGUCACUAUCAUAGUGUUUGGGCUAUACGAGACUUAUGUUGCUUCAAGGCCGUUCUUGGACUACAAAUUUCUCACCGAUCGAACAAUUCUGGGCGCGUGCCUACUGGAUAUGACAUACCAGAUCUCAUAUUAUUGCUACGGCAGCUAUCUGUCAUCCUUUUUGCAAGUGGUAUAUGAAUUGGAUGUGGCCACUGCCGGAUACGUUGGAAACACCUUCAGCGUGGUCUCUUUUGUCUUCCUGUUCAUCGCUGGUUGGCUUAUUCGAUGGACUGGCCGCUUCAAGUGGAUCCUUUGGAUAUGCGUUCCGAUGUACAUUUUUGGGCUGGGUCUUAUGAUCCACUUCCGUCAGCCAGGUGGCUAUAUCGGGUACAUUGUCAUGUGUGAAGUGUUUUUCUCUGUGUCUGGUGGUAUCUUCAUUCUUUGCGUGCAGAUAGCUGCUCUUGCCUCGGUCGACCACCAACACGUCGCUGCAGCUUUGGCACUUGUGUUCGUGUCGGGUAGCAUUGGCGGAGCUAUUGGAAGUGCUAUAUGUGGAGCCAUCUGGACAAACACCUUCUUGAAGCAACUGGAGCUUCAUCUUCCCGCAUCUGCCAUGCCGAAUUUGGCUCUGAUUUACUCACAGCUUCCUGUGCAGCUAAGUUACGAAGUUGGGAGCCCUGAGCGUGAUGCUAUUGUUAAAGCGUAUGGCUAUGCCCAACCAAAAAUGCUCAUUGCUGGAACCGUGUUUAUGGUCCUGGGCUUUAUUUGGGUCGGGAUGAUGAAGAACUUGAAUGUUAAGAAAAUGACCCAGACUAGGGGAAAUGUCUUUUAG